AUGAAACCGCCUGCCCGCAAAUCCGCGCGCAAACGCACGCAACGGGACUACGCAGGGUUGAAUUCAGGGACGGAGGCCAGUUCCGACCGGUGGUUGCGUAUGCUAGAAGGGAAGACCAUUCAAGGUGACCUCUUCAAGCGCAUGAAAGGUAGCGAUGUAGGACUGGAAUGGUUGGAGAGCGACGAGAAUGCAAUGCGAGAGCCCGUUGUUGUGGAGUCUGCAGAAGGGUUAGGCAUGAAGAUGCCUCCGGACACUCUCAGUGUGGAUGAGGUUGCAGAGUUAGUGGGCGAAGAUACGUCCGUGGAAGUCAUAGAUGUUGCUACUCAAUCAAAUAUUCCCGGGUGGACUAUGGGAAAAUGGGCGGAAUACUACGACCUCGAGCCAUCUGCGCGUGACAAGAUCCGCAAUGUCAUAUCUCUUGAAAUCUCUGGGACCAACCUAGCGGACAAAGUAUUACCUCCACGAUUAGUCUUCUACUUCAUUCGCCCUACUCCUUCGAAUCUCAUGGCGUAUGAGCAAUGGUCAGGGACAGAGAUGCAAAAUCACUCAUGGUUAGGUGAUCUGGUUGAUGAGGUAUUCAAAGUUGAACUGCACGGAGGCAAUACAAUGUUCAUUCCGACAGGUUGGAUUCAUGCAGUAUACACUCCCGUUGACACGUUGGUUUUCGGAGGCAACUUCUUGCACUCGUACAACGUUGCGAUGCAGCUGAAGAUCCGAGAAAUUGAGAUAGCGACCCAUGUACCGAAGAAAUUUACGUUUCCUCUCUUCGUAAGACUGUGUUGGUACGUGGGGGAGAAGUAUCUCCGCGACCUCAAAGCGAAGGAGGAGUUCUCCUCUCGGGUGCUCGAAUCUAUAGAAGCUCUCGCGGAAUUUCUCGUUUCCGAGGCGCGCAGCAUGGAACACGGGACAGAACAAGCAAAGAAAGAGACCAAGGAGCAGGUUCCAGGCGAUCGGAUAAAAGAUGCAGCAGCCAUGGCGAGAGAGUUGCGCUGGAGAGUCCGAUUGGCAGCCGGGUACAGCAGCGACGAUGAAGGCCACCACCGUCGCAGGACGCAAGUCGACGGGUCGGAUGGACUGGGGCUAGGCAGCAAGCGGAAGCGUGGCAGCGCUGGGGCUGAGGAGAAUGGGGAAUUGUUUAGGAAUUUCAGGCGGAAAGAAUGGGAACGGGUAGAAGAGCAAGCUACAGAGACGGAAAGGAGGGUAAUGAAGAUGCGACGACCGGGCGAUGGGGGUGACGGUUGGCCAGAAGGCUGGGCGGAAUGGAAGGAGGAGGAAGAGGUGGGAGCUGAGGGAGAGGUGGUGGUGGACCGACGACGGGAUGUGGUGAUGAAAGUGCGGAGGACUGGGAGCGGGCUCGAGCGGCAGCGGGUGGAGAGGAUAGUCGAGCAGUGGCUCUGGUCGCCGCCCCCUGCCGAGAGCGCACCGAUGUAA